UUGUGAUAUGAUCGAAGCAAAUUUACAAUCUCAAACUGAAGAAGUGCGUUUACGUGAAACAACAGUUAAUAUGGUAGAUGAAUCAGAACAUGCUAAACUGUCUGACCAAUUAGAAGAUGCCCAUAAUAGUUUAGAAGAAGCUAUCAGAGAAAGAACUAGAUUAUUAAGAAUAUUAGAAAUAGCUCAAAAUCAAGUACAUGAUCUUGAACAACAUCAUAAACGAUUAGAUCAUCAACAUGACGUAAUGCAAAGACGUGUCAUAGAACUUCAAGCUUUGAGUGAUGAAAAAGCAACUAUUGACAAAUUAAUGCGUGAGAUUGCAAAUCACGAAGCCAAUCUAAUGGCAGCUGCUGUUGAAGAAACAAAACUUAAAGCUAUAAUACAGGAUCAACAAACCAAUAUUGCUGSCUUAGAAUGUAAAAACGAUAGAAUUUUGGAACAACAUGAAUCAAUAACUCUUCAAUUCAGAACAAAAAUAUCGCGUUUAGAAAAAAUAAUUUUUGAGUUACAAAGACGUUAUUAUGGGACUGUACCUUUAGUGUCUGAGCAAAUUUGGGUUCAUCACAAACAAAAACUAGAAGAAGCAUUAACAAUUACUUAUCGAAAGUGGGUGUAUGACGAUAAGCCAAACAAUGUUGAUGAAAUAGUGUUUAUUCCAACAAAGACUACUGAAGAUUAUCGUUCAAAGUACACACAACUCCAAUUAAAGGAACUUAAAGUCCAAUUAACCUGUGAUGAUUUACAAAAAAAAAAUCAACUUUUCACAGAACGCAUUGAAAAGCAAGACUGUUUUAUUGAAAGUCUUGAGAAAGAAAUCAUGCGAAUGGAUUCUGAUUGUAUGCAUAGCUAUCUAUCAUGGGGAAUUCAAGAAUUUUCUGAUGAUGCAAAAUCAAAACCAAAAACACUAGAUAAACAAAUUAGUGUACAAUCAGAAAAUGGCUUUAGGACUUUAGAAGAAAAAUUAGAAGAUCUUAAUAAACAGUUAACUAUUGCAAAUAACAAUAUUGUUAUUGAAAAAGAAACUUAUAAUUCAACCAUCAAAAAACUACAAACCACCUUGAAAGAACUAGAAGACGUUAAAGUUUGUCUAGAAAAAGAAAUAUUUAAUAAAGAUGAUCAUAUUAGAAAAUUGACGGUCGAAUUAGCAUCUAACGAAAUCCCUGAAACUGAUACUCAGAAUCCUGCUUUAUUAGCCACAAUAGAAAGCUUAGAAACAAUUAUUAGUCAAAAAGAAGAAACUAUAAAUAGACUUCAAGAGUUAUUAAAAGAAUGUCGAGAAGAUCAUACAAAGGAAAUAAUUGAAUUACAAAAAAAUGCUGAAGCGCACAAUUUUAGUAUCAAAGAAAAAUCACAAAAAGAAAUAUCAUCUCCUAUCCACUCAAAUAACAUUAAAUCAGUAGUAAAUCAAUACAUGCUUCGGAUAACUGAUUUGGAAGAUAGAAUUAAACAAGCUGAUGAUGAUCUUAACCAAGCAAAUUCUGAAAAAGAACACUGGAGUGGAGUAGCUGAAAGAAGACUUAAAGAAAUGGAACAAAUGAAAUCUGAAGACGACUCAAAAGAAAAGGAUACGGAAAUUAUUAAACUUAACGAAAUAAUAAUGGGAUAUCAAAAUAGAAGAGAUACAUUACCAGCUCAAAGAGACCGACUGAGAAUUGAAGUAGACAAAAUGAAAAAGAAAUUGAAUGAUUACGAAAGACGUGAAAAAGAAGAUAAAUCAGAAAUUCAAAAAUUAAGGCAGCAAUUAAUUUAUAGGCCUCCUACUGGAGGUAAACGAGAUGAAACUAUGUCAGUUGUUAAAGAAGAAGCACUACUAAAGAAAAUUAAAACUUUAGAAGCACAACUUGAUGAUUAUAAAAAAAAAGAUGAACAAAACAAAAUGCUACGAAAAUUAAAGUCUGAUGAACAAGUUGGUAAAUGGGAGAUGAAUAAACGACGUCAAGUAACAAAUGAAAAAUUACAAAAUCAAUUAUUAGAUACUACUAGAGAGUGUGAUUCUCUUCGUUUGAAUAAUCAAAGGCUGAGAGAYAAUUUAAUGCGAAUGGAAAAAGAUAGAAAUGCUUUAGAGCUAAAGCUAAAAAUGGCCAAUGCUGCAGUACAAUCAAGUGCAUUGGCAAAUAGUCUAGUUGAAGAGUUGACUUUAGAAAAAGAUAGAUUGUCAAAUGAGUUAUAUACUUUGCGUACUGCUAAAGAAAUGAUGUCCGGUGGUACAUCACUAGCUGAAGUUGUUGUUGAUCUGCGUCGAAAAAUAUCAACCUUGGAACUACUACAAAAAGGUGGAAGUAAUGCUUUAAUUAAAGAAGUAGAAACAUUAAAGGACAGUAAAAGUAGAUUGUUGAAAACUAAAGCAUCACUUGAAGAAGAAAAUGCUAGACUACAAAAAAUUGUUGACCGUUUGCAAUUAACAGACAAUCUGAGUGGUGUAUCUAGCUUAAGUUCAGAUUCAGAUUAUCCUAGUACAGAAAAUAAGCGAACAGCAAAACUAGAACGUUUAGUAAUAAUGUUAAGAACUGCUGUAGAUAAACUAAAAGAGGAAAAUAAAAACUUAUCGCUUGAACGUGUAGUUACUAACAUUGAUGAUAAGAGUUAUGUGGAAAAAUUACAAAGCGAACUUCAGACUACACAAAGCUAUUAUUUGGAUGCUAGUGAAAAAUGUACUCAAUUGGAACAACAAUUAAAAGACUAUCAUUCACAGUAUGAAGCUGUUUUUGCAGAAAAUGAGAAUUUAAAGAUCCAGUUGGAAAAAAAAAGUUAUUUAUUGAGCAAAACAAAAACUAUGUUACAAAAAGCAGCUGCCAGAGAACAACAAUCAAUGGAAUAUCCAAACAGUUUGAGGAUUAAUAAUCCUACUUCUAUCGAAUAGUUGUAUUAGAAAUUUAUUAUUGUGGCACAAUUAAUUUAUAGGACAUACUUUCUUGAUCUGAAUAAUCAUUAAUUUAUCUAUUUAAAUAUUAUUUGCUCACUUGAAACUACAUUUUA